AUGCUUUAUCUCCAGAUAUCCGAUCAUUUGUUUAAUAGUUACUGCCGCGCUGCCUUCAUGCACAAUAUGCUUUCCUUCGAUGUCACCGACUAUGAAAUUCCAGGUCAUCUGCUGAAAACAAGCUGCAGAGAAGGGGAAGCUUGUAUUGGCACAAUACUCCCAGUGAUUGGACUUCGAUACCCAAAUGAAACUGUAAGGUUAUCAAUGGCUAACAGACGAGCUCCACAUUGGCUGUUUGAUGAAAUUAUACAACUAACUCUGAAAGGAUGUUUAAGCUUUGAUAUUCACCUAAGAAAUGGUUCCACUGUAAAUAUAUUUAAACUUGACAUGGAUUUGAGUGCCCACAUGAGCGCGCUUAUUGAAAACAGUAAAGUCUUCUCAGAAAUCAUCGACCUCAAUUUCACAACUUCCAAAAUCAGAGGGAAGAUAUUUCAAUCAAAUUUCAAUUUCACAAAUUUACUAAGAAUGGUAGACACAGUUGUGAGAAACUCAAUCAUUCCAAAAAUCAAUGAACAAGGAAGAAUUGGUCUUCCUUUGAUUUUGAUGGAUGGUGCUUCACUUCAAAGUACAUCACUAAAAGUUGGAAAGCGUUGCCUAAUUAUUGGCACAAAUUUCCAUAUUGACUUUAUAUAA